GGCAAUAAGCGCGGAGGAAAACCCACUCGGAGGCAAGAUGGCUGACUCGAGUGAGUGCUUCAACAUCGGCAGCACAGUGAGUUGCGUUACGUGCUUCGAUGAGGAGUUACAAGGCGAAGUUUUAGCGUUCGACUCGCACGUGAAGCUCUUGACACUGAAAUCGCCAGCCAGUAGUGGGAGGACGUCCCUAUGUGACAUUCGUAUGGUCAACCUUAGCUAUGUUUCUCAGGUUACAGUCUUGAGGGAAGCACCCGUCUCCUCCUUACCAACCCUGCCGUCUCUAAAUCUUACUAAGCUUAAUUCCCGAGCAAAGAGAAGCAUAGAAGAAAAGCAACGGCUAAUCCAGGCAAUGCAAUCUGGAGUGUCUCCUGAUGGUCAGAAGCUAUUUCUAACUAUCAAUAAAACGUUAGAGGAGGUGACAUGGAAGGGGGUUAAUAUUUUGGUGAUGGGGCAGGUCCUCAUCACGCCUCCAUACCAGUCGGACAACGUGAGAGAGCACAAGGAUGGGAAGGAGGUUAGCGCACUACAGCUUAAUUACAUCAAGAAAAUUGUGGACAAGUUUCAUAAGGAUCAACAGAGUAUGUCCAUGAACAACGGAACAAGUGCGACACCAGUUGUAGAGGUGCAAGCGGUGUCGCAGUGAGGCAACUGUCAGACCAAACACCUCAGGCAUGUACAACACCAAGGUGGGGGUGGGGAAGGGGGUGGGGGGAAUGGCCCGAGCUGAUUAACCCCACUUAUGAACUGGGUUUUCAUUAUUGCCAAUCGAAAGUGCAGGCCACUCCUAAGAUCAUCUCUGUGUACGUUUGAAAUUAUCCAGAGUGACUGGCAUUCUCUUCUCAGUUGAAGAAUGCAGUUGUAGUCACAAAAGGAGAAGUGCAAUUUAGUUGUUUCUUUUAUACAAACCCUAUUCUAGGUUCACGUGGUGAGACGUUAGAUUUGUCACAAGACGCAAAAAGUCAUAGGGGCAGUCUAGACUCCAUUAAAGGCUAUUAACAGUUAAUAUGAAAUAUACUGUUUUGUGAGAACUUUUUAUGAUCAUUUUUAUCAAGGUUGUUAAAUGUUGAAAUUGUAUUUUAGUUAAUGUGUGAGAACAAAAAUAAAGAAAUGAAUUUGAAGGUAAUCUCUGUAGAUAAUAUGACAGGUUGUCAUGUCUGGGAUAGCGCAUCAGCAAAUUGCAGUGCAUGAAAUAAAAGUUGAAUGAGAAAUCCUUGUAACAUCAAUAGAAAUAAUAAAGACACAUUUUUAUGUCUGUCUGAAGUUGUAUGUUUUUAUACAGUUUGUACCCUGUUCUAUAAGUUUUGGCUUUUCAUAUAACUGUGUGAAUUAGCAUAAUGUCUGUGAUGAGUAAUGAAAGGACUUUUUAAAGUUUUUGAUUCUGGAAAAGCACCAUGCCCUGUGCUCAGUUCCCAGAACACACACCUCCUUCCCUGUUUCCUCAAAGACAAACAGGACAAGAUCUUAUCCUUAAUGACUUCUCUAGAGAAUGUUAUUAAUUGAAUCCAGAUUAUGUGGGAACAUACCUGUAAGGCUUGGAGUGUGUGGAGUAUGUUGUUUUUCCAUGAGGAGUCAGCUGAUCAUUGCCAAUUGUGAUGUGCAAAGUGAUGUCCAACUUGUUCAAUUUUGUAUGGAGUCUAUGGCCUCGUUAAAUUACUGUGUACUUUGCAUUUGUUAAGAACCAAACUCUUUUGUUAACAAAGUAUAGUAUUUGAUACUUGGAAACAUAUUCUAAGAAAAUGGAGUUAACUUUUCAUAGUACAUCAAAGGAAUUUAAUGUUUCUCCCCAGAUGCAUUCGUGUUCAUUCAAAAUUACAAAUAUGUUAUUUUCCUCCGGGAUUAAAUGGGUGGUAAGUAAUGUAUGGAGAACAAAAUUUCAGUAUUUUUCAUUGUAUGAAACCCAGACAUUAAGUGAAAAGGUUUGAGGUGAUGGUAACUGUAUUUACAUAAUGAUGUUGUAUGUGACAUUAUUAUGAAAGCAUUUGAAAGACAGCUUGUAGGGGAUGAGUUUUAAAUAUUUAAUUGGUAUAUAAGAUGCAUUUUCUUCCUUGUUUUUCUACUUAUUCUUCAUUUGUAGAGAGAAAGCUAGAGAGAGAGGUUUUAGGUUCAGUGGAAAUGAGAGAGUGUUUGAAACUGUUCAUAUGAAUAGCUUAUAAUGCGUCAGUAAAUGCAGAUUACUGGAAGCAUGUCACAAUUAUCGGAAGAGACACGAAUUGGUCACAUAAGGUUGUUUUGGGAAAUUAAUUGAUAGAUAAUGUUACAUUGUGUCCAAAGUUACAGCUCUUUACUCCCAACAUUUCAUUUCUUAAAGAAAAAAAGAAAGAAAAACAGACAAAAACAAAAGUCUUGCUAUUCUUUGCCAUUUGAAUUGAAGGUGGGAUAGGGGAUUGCAAAAAUGUCAUUCAUUGCUUACUAGAGAACAUGGUACAGGCUACCUAAUGUUCAGAAGCGAAGUGGACUGUGAUAGCUGCCUGAUUUUCUGUGUUUCUCCCUUUUUCCUCUUCAUUUUUCCCCAUCCUUUUCCUCUCUUGUGAAAUGACGUUAAAGAAGAGAGGGCCAUCAUCUUUCUCCCCUCCUCUUGCCUCCUCCUUUCCCUUCAUCUUUUUUCUUCGGUCUUUACAGAGUACACCCUGGUCGUAAUGGCUGAGUGGGACAUUAUAGGUAACCCUUGUGCCUUCUUUCGUUGUCUAGCUGCCGAGAGAAAAUCAGGAGAAGCUUUUGUAUGUGCAGAGUGAAUGUUCAGAUAUUUUGGUCGUUUGCUAAGAGUUGUAUGAAUGUUGAUUUCUACGGUGAAUGAGUGCAUGUUUGUUAGUUGAAGUUCGAUGAAGUUCUUGAGAUUUUGGUAUUGACUUGUAAAUUAAUAAUCAUGAGCUGUAGCUUGAGAAAGGAAUCUCUCUCUCUCUCUCUCUCUCUCUCUCUCUCUCUCUCUCUCUCUCUCUCUCUCUCUCUCUCUCUCUCUCUCUCUCUCUCUCUCUCUCUCUCUCUCUCUUUCUCUUUCUCUCUUUCUCUCUUUCUCUCUCUUUCUCUUUCUCUCUCACUCUCACUCUCACUCUUAAUUUCUCAUCAGUGCACUUUCCCGCUCUCUUUUUCAACUCUCACCCACUCUCCUCUUUCUGUCUUUCAUUUUCUUUUUCUUUCGUUCUUUCUCUCUCACCCCCUGCCCUCUUACUCUCCCCUCAGAUUUAAUAAAGACGACUGGUAAGAAUGCCUGAGUUAACUUUACAAAAUUGAUUGGAAUGUAAAGAUUUAUAGCAAAAAAUCAACAAAUUUGCACCAAUUUUUAUACCUUAUUUCCCCGACCAAGGGACAUUUAUUUUUUAUAUCCCCCAAAAAUGAAUGAAUAUUGUCUUGUUUAUCCCUUAGUGAAUUAUAUGAGAGACGAUAAAUGAAUAAAUCAAGUCAAAAGGAAGUUGAGACUUUACCUUGAAGAGAAACAUAAAAGGGCCAUGCAUUUAAGACUUCGUGAUCCUCUCUGUUGUGCAAUGACAGAUCACAAGCAUUUGUUGUUGUAAUUAGUUUUCUUUCAUUCUUUUCCUUUUUUUUAAUGCUUAUGAUUUUUUUUUUUCUUUUUUUUUAGAAAUUCAUAAAUGAGAUAUUUUUUGAAAAAUAUAUAUUUUCUCUCUCGAACAAAUUUUCAUCCUGUUAAUCAGAUAGCAUAAAGCUGAUGAAUAGAGAGAGAUAGAGGAGAAUAAGAAGAAGAGUAGGAGGAGGAGGAGGAGAGGAAGAAUUAGGAAGCAGAGAAGAGGAAGAAAUAAGGAGGAGGAGUAAGUGGAAGAAGGACAAAAAGAAAGACAAACAAAUACCAUACAGUUAUGGCAAUAAAUCUUGAGACCAAAUUUGGGAAAUAAAAAAAAGAUGAAUAAAAGGUUGUGUUAGGGAUUGUGAAGCAGGGAGGCUGAAGGACCACGGUUUAGUAUACAGAUUACACAGUAGAUGCUCUUUGGUUAACUUGCUCUACUGUAUAAUUAGGAGCCCUAAGCCUGGUGGUUACUCGUGCACGUAGCAGGUGGUUUAAUUUUUGAUGUUCGGUAAAGUUAUUUGCAUUUUUUUUUUUUUCUUUAUUCCGAAAAUGCUGGAAAAUAAGCACAUAUGCUGCUCUAGAAUAUGUUGAAGAAAAUAAAUAAAAAUAAAAUAAACGGAAGACCGAAAACAAACAAUAUUUUGCAUCUUUCCAUAUUGUCAUUAUUUAUGAAUUUGUUUCAUAUCAUCAACAGUGGAAAUGUAUUUCUUUUAUCACUAGCUUUUGACAAUGAAAAUGUAAAAUUGGAGACAAGAGUAGAGACCAAAUAGCAGUUGUAGAGGAGAGUGAUUGACCAUUUGUAAUUUAUAAAGUGUAAAAACAGUCAAUAAAGACUUAAUGAUGUAGUUU